UGGCUUGCAUUACUGCCUCAGCGAGGUGCUCAGUGCUCAGUACACGGCUUUCCUAGCAACUCAGCUUUACAUUUUUCUCAGUCUCUGCUCAGACACUUUGCUGAGGAGAGAAAAAGCCACUGAAGAGGAAUAGGGAGAGAGGCAGAUAAGAAGAAAAAAAAGCUGGACUUGCCAUCCUCUCUGAAAACUGUGUUAGUGUUUGGACCAGAUUGAAGCAGGCACCGGGAGAGUGGCAGCCCUGCAGAGAGAGUGUGCAGUUUGUGUUAUUGCUCUUCAGUGAGAGUGGUUUAUCAGAGGAGGAGGCAGAGGAAGGGAGAGAGUUGCCUGUUGUCGUGGUCUCUCCCCUGAGUGGCUGAGGGGUGGCUCUUGGUGACAGGAAACGCAAGGCUUGCAAUGAGACCUGAGCGCUGAGUGGAGUAUGCUGCAGACGAUUUACGAGGGCGAGUCAAGUUUCUCCACAACAGAAGGGCGCGUUGGACACCAGCAGCCCCUCAACCAGAGCAAGAUGCACAACGUGAACAACUCAGCCGGUCUCUCAUUCUGUGUGAAAACAGAACUCAAAGCUUCUCAGCACAGCAACGUGGUAGGAUCAGGCACUUCUUCCUGAAUCAAGUAGACAUUAAGUCAGACGUGCCAUUGGCUGUGGAACCCUUAUCUCCGUUGGACCUGCGUACAGAUCUGAGGAUGCUGGGGUCAGGCUCGGACCCGGGACUGUGGGAGAGGCAGCUGCAGCAGGAGCUGCUCCUCAUUCAGAAGCAGCAGCAGAUCCAGAAGCAGCUACUAAUCAGCGAGUUCCAGAAGCAGCAUGAGAAGUUGACCCGUCAGCACCAGGCUCAGCUCCAGGAGCACCUCAAGCUCCAGCACGAGCUCCAGGCCAUGAAACAGCAGCAGGAACUUGCAGAGAAGGAGCGUCGUCUAGAGCAACAGCAGCAGCAGAACCAGCAGGAGAAGGAGCAGGAGAGGCAUCGGCGAGAGCAGCAUGUUUCCAGCCUGAUCCUCAGGGGCAAGGAGCGCUCCCGGGAGAGUGCAGUGGCAAGUACCGAGGUCAAGCAGAAACUCCAAGAGUUUCUGUUGAGCAAAUCCGCAAAGGACCCCACCAGCAAUGGAGUCAAUCAUUCUUUCAUCCACCACCCAAAACUCUGGUACACGUCCUCUCACCACACAUCACUGGACCAAAGCUCUCCACCUCUGGGCGGCACUUCCCCCACCUGCCAGUACACUCUGCCAUCACCCGUAGAGAGCAAGGACGACUUCCCCUUGAGGAAGACAGCCUCUGAGCCCAACCUGAAGGUACGAUCCAGACUGAAGCAGAAGGUAGCGGAAAGGAGGAGCAGCCCGAUGUUGAAGAGAAGAGAUGGAAACAUCAUGACUCCUUACAAGAAGAGGGCUCUGGAACUAAUGGACUCGACGCCCACUAACAGUGCCCCCGGCUCUGGCCCCAGCUCUCCCAUAGGGGCCUCCAGUGCCUUGGGGGCUGAAAAUGGGCCCUCCUCUCUGCCUACUACCACAAAAACUGAGAGAUGGCCUUCCCAGCCCAGAUUGUUCCGACCUGAGGGCUCUGUGUCGAUGCUGAGCUUAUACACAUCUCCCUCCUUACCCAACAUCUCCUUGGGGCUUUCCACUGCAUCCUCGCCCAUUAGUGCUGCCAUUGGGUUGAAGGACAGAUCGACAGAAAUCAAGCAUGGGCUGCCCGGUCACCUGCUGGGCCCCGUGCCCCUUCAAACAGGCCUUGAGUCUAAAGUGAGCCCCAGUCACCAGGCCCUCCUCCAACACCUCCUCCAGAAGGAGCAGAUGAGGCAGCAGAAGAUGCUUUCCUCUGGCCAAGGCACCAUUUCUUCCCAUCCUCAGUCCCCUCUGGCCAUGAAGGAUCGCCCCUCCAGCAGUCGGCCUAAACUACCAAAACACCGGCCCUUGAACCGGACCCAGUCUGCGCCACUGCCUCAGAACACACUGGCCCAGCUUGUCAUCCAGCAGCAACACCAGCACUUCCUGGAGAAACAGAAACAGUACCAGCAGCAGAUCCAUAUAAAUAAGCUGCUAUCCAAGUCCAUUGAGCAGUUACGUCAGCCCAAUGCACACCUGCAGGAGUCAGAGGAAGAGCAGGAGGAGCAGCAGCACAGAGAGCUAACAGAGAGCAUGCAGGAGGACAGGCUGCCCCCUGGAGGAGUCAUCCGGAAGCACACGCUGAGUAGCAGCAGCAGCAGUGGCUCGAGCGGCGAGCUCCCCGACGCUCACUACGGGGUCAUCAAGGUCAAGGAGGAGCCGGUUGACAGUGAGGAUGAGGGUCUGACCAAUCAGGGCUUAGAGGCAGAGCAGAGCACCUAUCUCCACCAGGUCAAAGGACGGUUGGUGAUAAGAGCCAUGAUCUGAGAAGGGAAGAGGAUGAGAUCACACACUUGCAACAUUCGCAGAUAAACAAGUCUCCACAAACAUCUACAUCACUUCAGUUUACACACAUACACACACACCCACACACACACACACACACACACACACAGCAGCCAUUGCACAGUAGGCCAGCUCUCCCUGUCACGACAUAUGACCCCUUUUCACUCAGCUGCAGCCCACACUCUAAGACUCUCUGUUUGUGAUCUUUGUGUAGUGAUUUCUGUAAAAUAUGUACGUUUCACUUUUGUGUAUAUAAUAAGAAGACAAUUUAGACCGUUCUUUUAAAGAGCUGCUUUGGUCGUCUAGACUCCUCUCAACUUACAAAAAGUUGUUUGUACAUAUACUUUGGAUUUAGCAUCAAAGAUGAUUUCUAGAGGGGACGGUUGAACAGGUGUACAGCUUUGAAGAGCCAACUUAUGUCCCCAUUGUGUACAUUUUUGCCAUUUAAUAUUUGAAAGCUCUUCACUUUAACUUUGAGAGUUAUCAUAAAGUUUGUUAAAGAAUUUAAAACACUACAUACUCCGCUGUUCUCAGAAAUCUGUGAUGAUGUUCCACAUUAAGUGGUCUCAAAACUGAAAUAAUAAUGAACAUCUGUCUUAGAGAGAAUGUAUACUUAAAUCCGAACCGGGGGCGCUCCCUUAAGGCGGACUUUUUGCGCUAGGAGAGAUAUUGCCAUUGGAAUAUGGUCCGCUGCUCAUAUUGCAAUUUGAAGGAUAAAGCACUAAAUCCCUGCUUGGGUGUGCAGGCAUCUCCCAACACACCCCGAAGUCUCCAUGUCUCUCUUUCAGAGCGGUCCCAGAGCCAGGGCCCUGUGUUAAGCCGAGCUCUCCUCCCUCUCUCCCUCUGGGUCCAAAUCAAAGCUCGGCGGGUUCCUGCCCAGCUUUCAGCAGAGGAGUCAGACAGAGAGAAAGAGAGAGAGGGCCGGGCAGGAAAUGCCUUCUAGAAGCCAGGAGUUGGAGUGAUUCAUGUGUGCAGGAAUGUUGAGAGAGGAGGACCUAGGGUUGGAGGAGUCCAAGGGGCCAGGCUUGAGAAUUGAUUUACUGUCAAGGCGAAUUACAAAGUGAGUGGGGAUAUGGUUAAGGGAGUCCCUUUUAAAGGGAAUCGCUUCCUUCGUAUUCCCACAUGGCAUGCUUACCUCAACAAGCAGGUUUGAUGUUACUUCAAUAAAAAAAAACCCGGACGGGACCUUGCUUCUUCUUUUUUCUUUCUUCGAGCCUGUUUUCCCCUGAAAGUGCCCAUUGCAACAUGUAUAGUCUGUCUUAAAGUGAUCAAUCAAAUGUAUUGCAUAGCCGUAAACCUUCCUGUUUCAUUUGUACCGUCGACUAAAUGUAAAAAAAACAAAAAGCAAAAAAAAAAACAACAAAAAACAAAAACGCUAGUAUGAGGUUCUGUGUUUGGAUCCAUGUGAAAAUCAAAACUGUCUGUCUUAUACUGUACAUUCAGAUUGUCCGGUUUUAAUGUUUUUAGUGUAAGUAAACACAAUCAGAACAAUGUGAGUCUUGUUGUCUUGCUCCUUUGAUUUGUUUGUAACGAGAACCCCUUUGCUGCCAGUGGGGGGGGAGAAGAGGGGGUUGGGGAAUCCUGUGGUCUGUUCAUAGCAGUUUGCAUUUCUUCUCUUUCUUGCCUUGUGUGAUAAACCUUUCUUUUUUAAAAUAAAGUUCAUUUACCUCUGA